ACUGUUCUUCUCCACAGCGUAUAAGACCACCGUAGUUCGGGCACCUUCAGAUCUUGUCUCUUUCCUUCCUCUCCCCGUGUGAAACCGCCAUGGCCAUGGAGCUUCGCUGCAGUAGCAUACGGAGAGGAGCCUCUGGAUCCUCGAUUGCGUUGAUUCUUCUGCUCCUCAUCCAUGGAGCUCACUCCUUCUACCUCCCUGGUGUCGCUCCUCAGGAUUUCGAAAAGGGCGAUGAGCUGAAAGUGAAAGUGAAUAAGUUAACUUCCAUAAAGACACAGCUCCCUUACUCCUACUACUCUCUCCCAUUCUGUCAACCGGCAAAGAUUGUGGACAGCGCUGAGAAUCUCGGAGAAGUCCUCCGUGGUGAUCGUAUAGAGAAUUCUGCAUAUGUGUUUAAAAUGCGGGAGCCACAAAUGUGCAAUAUCCUCUGCCGGAUCACUCUUGAUGGAAAAAUUGCCAAAGAGUUCAAAGAGAAAAUCGAUGAUGAGUAUCGGAUCAACAUGAUCCUUGAUAACCUUCCUCUGGUAGUUCCGAUCGAGAGAGUAGACCAGGGUUCUCCGUCCGUUGUUUAUCAGCUCGGCUAUCACAUCGGGCUUAAAGGCCAGUACGAGGGGAGUAAAGAACAAAAGUACUUUAUCCACAACCACCUGUCAUUUACAGUCCGCUAUCACAGAGAUAUGCAAACUGAUGCUGCGAGAAUUGUUGGGUUUGAGGUCAAACCAUUCAGUGUCAAGCAUGAAUAUGAAGGUAAAUGGAACGUGAAGGCCCGUCUGACUACUUGUGAUCCACACACGAAACGCUUGGUUGUUAGCUCGGCUACCCCUCAAGAAGUUGAAGAAAAGAAGGAGAUUAUCUUCACGUAUGACGUAGAUUUCCAGGAAAGCGAAGUGAAGUGGGCAUCCAGAUGGGAUGCGUAUCUUCUGAUGAGCGAUAACCAAAUUCACUGGUUCUCUAUCGUCAACUCUCUGAUGAUCGUCCUGUUCCUCUCGGGUAUGGUGGCGAUGAUAAUGCUGAGGACCCUUUACCGAGAUAUUUCGAGGUACAACGAGCUCGAGACUCAAGAGGAAGCUCAAGAAGAGACGGGAUGGAAACUUGUCCAUGGCGACGUCUUCCGGCCUCCAACCAACUCAGAUCUGCUCUGUGUCUAUGUCGGGACAGGUGUCCAAUGUUUUGGCAUGGUUCUUGUCACCAUGAUCUUUGCCAUGCUCGGGUUUCUCUCGCCUUCCAACAGAGGCGGUCUCAUGACAGCCAUGCUCCUCCUCUGGGUCUUCAUGGGUCUCUCUGCCGGCUACGCCUCCUCCCGUCUCUACAAAAUGUUCAAAGGGACCGAGUGGAAGAAAAUCGCCUUCAGGACAGCAUUCAUGUUCCCGGCAGUCGUCUCAUCCAUCUUCUUCGUCCUAAACACCCUCGUAUGGGGACAGAAAUCAUCAGGGGCUGUACCCUUCGGGACAAUGUUCGCUCUGAUUUUCCUCUGGUUCGGGAUCUCUGUCCCUCUCGUCUUUGUCGGGAGUUACAUCGGGUUCAAGAAACCAGCGAUGGAGGACCCAGUGAAAACCAACAAAAUCCCGAGGCAAAUCCCGGAGCAGGCUUGGUACAUGAACCCGAUAUUCUCGAUACUGAUCGGAGGGAUCCUCCCGUUUGGGGCAGUAUUCAUCGAGCUCUUCUUCAUCCUCACGUCCAUAUGGCUGAACCAGUUCUACUACAUCUUCGGAUUCCUAUUCCUCGUGUUUGUGAUCCUCAUCGUGACUUGCGCAGAGAUAACCAUUGUCCUCUGCUAUUUCCAGCUCUGCAGUGAGGAUUACCUCUGGUGGUGGAGGUCUUAUCUCACUUCAGGUUCCUCGGCCAUAUACCUCUUCGUGUACGCAAUGUUCUACUUCUUCACGAAGCUUCAGAUCACGAAACUCGUGUCGGCAAUGCUCUACUUCGGGUAUAUGCUCAUCGCCUCGUACGCGUUCUUCGUGCUGACGGGAUCCAUCGGGUUCUACGCUUGUCUCUGGUUCACGAGGCUCAUCUAUUCUUCGGUCAAGAUCGAUUGAUUUUUUUUUUCUCCGGAGCGAGAAAGAUGGAUGUUUCAGAAACAGUUGGUCUCGGAACUUCAGAUCAGUGGGGGCUGAAUCAGUCCUCUCUCUCUAUAUAUAUUAUAGUGUUUUGUUUGUUAUUUCGUUUUUUUUGUUCUAAGACG